AUGCUGCUACAUUCGAUACAUGAUUUGAACAAUCUACCUAUUCAAAACCUGAGAUUCAGCCACAUCGAAAACCCUCAUUACUACCUAGAUGAGAAUCUACAUGAAAAUAAAAUCGAAGAUCUAGCCUCUACAACCACUUUAGAAAACAUUUCAACUCCGUCAACUCCGUCAACUCCCAAGUUUUCAUUCUUCAAGCGUAUAAAGUCGAUGUGGAGUACCAAUGGUAGAAGAUACGUUACUGCGGCUGCUGUAGUCUUGGCACUUUUCGCCAUUGCUGUGAUUUUCGUUGUAACUUCGACUAAAUUGUUGAACGACCCAGUUAAAGACGGGGCUAAGGUUGAGAAAUUGACAAGCAUCAAGUAUCUGCAAUUGAAGGCCAUUCGAACCAAUUUGGUGGAUCCAAAUACACCAGCUGGUGCCCACAAUAAAACGCCACAUUGGAAGUUGGUCUACUCUGAUGAAUUCAACUCUGAUAAUCGAUCAUUUGGGGAAUAUGAGGAUCAAUUUUUCACUGCUGUCGACUUGCAUUAUAGGGCUACUCAAGAUUUAGAAUACUAUUUACCUCAUAUGGCAGCCACCAGAAAUGGCAGUUUAGAAAUCACAUUUGACAAGCUUGCCUAUAACGGGUUUGAGUAUGUUUCUGCAAUGUUACAAAGCUGGAACAAAUUGUGCUUGAAUAAGCAGGUUAAAGUUGAGGUUCGAGCAAAAUUACCCCAUGGCGUUGCGCAUGGGCUAUGGCCCGCGGUUUGGUCUUUGGGGAACUUGGCACGUCCGGGAUAUUUAGCAACAACAGAUGGAAUAUGGCCGUACACGUACAGCGAAUGCGAUUUAGGAAUCACCCGCAACCAAUCUACUUUGAAUGAGAAUAUGUCGUACUUGCCAGGUCAGAGAUUGAGUAUGUGUACUUGUGUUGGAGAAGAUCAUCCGAGUUUAGGUAUUGGUCGAGGCGCACCUGAAAUUGAUAUUAUCGAAGGGUUGUACGAGUAUGGGCGAGUGGUUGGAGUUCAAACAGUACAAGUUGCUCCCUUUGACGAAUGGUGGAGACCGGAUUAUGACUAUGUCGAUAUUAGCAAUAAGAAUGCUACUUAUGUUCGAGAAGAUGUGGGGACCGUGUACCAAGAAUCAAUCUCGUUGGCUACUCAACUCAGGACGGAUGACUUUGUUACUUUUUCAAUGGAGUACAAGAGUUUGUCUCAGGGUGAGAGUUAUGUGAAGUUUGAAAUGAAUAACGAGCCGACGUUUGCCAUUAAUGAAUCUGCUUUUAGAUCAAAUGGAUUGAUUGGAUCAAGACAGAUUACAAAAGAGCCAAUGUCACUCAUUUUCAAUAUGGGCUUAUCGAAAGUAUGGAACCCUAGAUUGAAAAUUGAGAAGUUGCAAUUACCAGCCAAGUUUUAUAUCGAUUACGUUAGGAUUUAUCAGCCACUGGACUUGGUUGAGUUAACUUGCGAUCCCGAUGAUUUCCCAACUAGUGUGUAUAUUAACACUCAUAUGAAUGCUUAUAUUGAUUGGGAAUUGAGUACAUGGAGCGAAGCUGGUUAUGGAUUCCCCCGAAACUCCCUUGAAAACAAAUGCAAAGCUCCAAGUUAA